AAGGUAGUGGGUUAAUCAGCGUCAAUAUAAAAGCACUGUCGCUUUCAAUGGUCGCUAGUUCAUUGGGUCUACUAUAGAGAGUAAAAGAAAUAACUUCAAAAUGAAAACCCUGGUGGUGUUAGCUUGUGUGUUAUUGUCGGUGUACGCGGCGGACAAGUAUAAUUCAAAGUAUGACAACUUUGAUGUGGAGACAUUGAUUACUAACGAAAGAUUGCUGAAGUCUUACAUAAACUGUUUCCUCGAUAAAGGCAGAUGCACAGCUGAGGGCACUGACUUUAAAAAAGCCCUACCUGAGGCCAUUGAGACCACUUGCGGCAAAUGCACUGAAAAGCAGAAGCUUAAUAUUAGAAAAGUAAUCAGAGCCAUACAACAGAAGUACCCAGGUCAAUGGGAGGAUCUCGUCAAGAAAAACGACCCGAGCGGCAAACACCGCGCAAAUUUCGAUAAAUUCAUCCAGGGAAGCUAAACUUAUUUAUUUCGCAUUUAAUAUAAGUUAUUUACUAAGUUAUAAUAAGUUUUAUUCCUAUGAAGACACGUAUUCUUUGUUACCAAUUUGUUAAAAUACUCAACCUUUCUUUUGUGGCUCAAUUUUAAAGUUUGUAUAAUAAUAUGUUGGGGGUAAGACCACUUUAAAAUGUUAUUGUUUAUACUGAUACUCAAAUAAUGCUCUUAUGCUUUCGUGAACAAUUUGUUAAGCAUAAAAAAAUAAUUGUUAUUUAUUUUGAAGAUGAAAGAUUAGACUGAAAAUAAUAAAGAAUUGAAUAAAA